AUGAUUAUUUGGGAUAUCAUAUAUUGGUUGUGUUUACCUAUAUUAUGUUUCAGUAAUAUUUAUUGUGAAGAUUUCACUACUAAGUAUACAGCAGCUCCUGAUUCAGCAGAUACUCAAUCAAAUAUCGGUCAAUUGGCUUCUUUACUGAUUGUUUAUGACGUUGAUCAUGUCCUCUUGUGUAAAUUUGGUAAUUUUAAAACAACAAUAAAUCCAGAAUCUGUUCCAUUAUUGGCUGCAUUGGAUGAGCGUAGGAAACUAUUUGAUAAGAGGAUUCUCCCACCAACUAUAUUUUCUCAUGGAUGUGGAACGGUUGCAAAAUUUAUGUCAGGUAUAGGGAAUAAAGGAAAUAUAAUGGAAACAACUACUUUGAAUAAACAAGGGGAUGUAUUUCCAUUUGAGAUUCGGAUUGCAAAUAUGGGGACCGCUUAUCUUAUGAAUGAUAUUUAUUUUUUAAGGAGUUUUGAUAAUCAUGGGGAUACAGAUUCCCCUUUAGAUAUAUUGAAAGUCUUUUUUUGUGAUGAAGAUGAGAUGGAAUCAAAUAUAUCAUCUGAUAUUCCACUUAAUAGAGUUUUGGAGCGAAGGUAUCUCUACUCAGAUAUUGUAUCUAAAGUAUUAACUAAGCAAGAACUUCCAAUAUUUCAAGAUUUUAUGAAAAAGACUACUAGAGAUCAAAGAAUUAUAGUAUCUCGAGAUACUCUUCCUAGUAAAAAUUAUUCACAAGGAAGGGAGUAUGUCAAAAAGAUCCUUGCAAAGAUUUCUUCUUUGGCAAGAGAUUGGCCUUAUGCUAUGAGGAGUUCUGAAGUUUUAGAAGUUAAAGAUAUGGUUAAAUACAGAAAUUAUAUGAAGGAUAAAAUUAAUUUAGGAACAACCGUUGUACUUAUAGAUGAUUAUUUAUAUCAUCUCAACUUUGCAUGUAUGAAUGAGCAUAUAAGUGACAAAUACAAGAUUUUAGUUAUAUUAGUUAGGCGAUUUCUCAAUAAAGGUGCUCCUCAUUUGGAAAGUAAGGGAACUCAAAAGUCUAUUCCAGUACCUAUAGGAACAUUACCAUAUGAACCAUUUAGACUUAGAGAAGUUCGAAGCAAACUUCUUCAUAUGUUAGAUAUUAUACCACCUACAGCCUCGCCAUUAACUUUCUAUAGAGCUUUAAGGGAUGAGUUUAUGUUUAAAGAACCGACCUCUCCCAAAUGUGGUUAUGAUGUAACUAACCCCUCACCAUUUUAUAUUCUUAUAGUUAUGGAUUGUGAUAUGUUGUCACAUAUUUUGAAACUUUUUAUUGAUGACAGAAUGGCUGACGAAAUAUUGUUACUUUUAAAUAUUAUAACAUAUAUUUCUGUUAUUACUAAUAAUAAGUCUUGUGAAUCAUCUUGUGACUCAUCUUGUGACUCAUCUUUUACCAUGGUUCGUCAUUUGAUUACAUCUGGAGUAUAUGAAUGGACUAACAAGAUAUUUCCAUUACCACCUAUAAUAGAGUAUUCAAGAAGAGACACAGAUAAUUUAUCUACAGAUAAAAUUUCUGGUUCAUCACAAUCUUCAAGUAGCUCGAAGGAAUCAAAUUUUUCUAGAAUUUUGGAUAAACAUAUUUUUAUGGCAAAGUUUCAUACAAGACUUCCCAGAACAAGAACGUUGGUUCUUCGUUUGGAUUUUAAUGGUAAUCUUAGUAAUCUUCAACAUACAGACUAUACCUGUUUCUUAAAUGCUCCUACCACACCAUCUGAUGAUAUUCCUGCAUAUCCCUCCAAAUCUGAUAAAAUAAAACAACGUCUUAAUUUACAAUUUGAUAUGAAACUAUAUAAAUCACUUGUUACAUCUAAUAAUGGCGAAGUUAAAGCUAUAAUUUUAUUACACAAAAUAGUAAAUGUUUUGAAAGGAAUAGAUGAAAUAUUGGAAUCUACUAGGUCAUCAUCAACUAAAACAACUUUUCUGGAAAGGUCUACUAGUUCAACAUACUCAUCACCUUCUGUAGUUCCUGUAGGUGAAUCAGAAGCUUUAAUGUCAACUGGCACUGUUGAAGAUAUAUCCUUUAUACAAAUAUUAAAUUCUAAGAAAUUUACUCCAAUACACGAAGCUCCUCCUACUAUAUAUCCCCCAGCUACUUAUACUUUCCUCUCAUUAUUCUAUACUUUAAUUGAACUUUUAAAGAAUGAAUUUAGUAGUGACCAGAUGUUUUGUAUUGGAUCUGUUAAUAAUUAUAUUGCUAUAUAA